AUGGCAGUGUUAAGAGUUGGUAAUAGACUUCCGACUCUUUGCAAGACAUACGAGACUCUUAAUAGUGAUAUAAAAGAUAUAGUCGAUGAAGCGAUAUACUCUAAUAGGGAUGGAAGCUGUCUUCUCCGGCUACUGAAAAUAGCCGAAGGAAUUGAGGAGAAAAAUCUGAACUCACUUAAUGGUGUAAUUCAAGUGGCGUUGGACCACUUUGAAAUAAUAGAUGAUACAAUUGAUGCAUAUAGGUUCGUUUUUGGAAACGACAUCGUAAUGAACCCUACAUUAGAGGACGUCUUAUUCUUGACUGGUUUGCCUAUCUCUGGUGAGGCACUGAUCCCCAACUAUAGCCGAGACCCUGAUGCUUUUUGUCGUGUUUUUGGGGAUGAGGUCGUCAACAACCUCGGACUAACCGGUACAACUUGUCCUCUAAACAAAUUAGACUUGAUUGCAAAUGAUGGCACCUUGGAUAGAGAAAGAAGGUUGAUUGCGGUCUUAUUAAAGAUCAUCCACUGUGUCAUCAUCCCUUCGCAUGACGGUCACUCAUGCAAGUGCACAUAUGUUCAAUUCGUAGAAGAUCUGACGAAGGUGAACAACUAUGCAUGGGGAGCCGCACUUCUAGCCUUCCUCAUGUACGCGAUGAAGAAAAAGAAAGAAGCGAAAAGUUUGAAUAACAUCAAGGGAUUUACUCCCAUUCUUGUGGCAUUCUUCUUAUAUCGGAUCCUAAAACUCCAAACGCAGCUUGGUGUUCAAGUUGAGGAAAGGAGUACACCAAGCUUACUCCUUAGCCCAGUUUUGAGUGCCCUAAGGGAUGUAUGUCACGUGAAGAGGGGCAUAGACACCAAGACGCGAGUUGUUUUCAAUGACCUCAAAAAUGAGGAUAUCAUAUGGAAGCCGUAUUCCUCUCUGAUUUUGAGGCCGGAGUUGCAUAACCAGCUCCAGUACAGGACCUUAAUGGCUCCAAUGUUUUGCUUCAAUGUGGUGGUGAAUCAUGCACCACAACAUGUUGCAAAACAGUUUGACGAGUUCAAUGGUUACACACUCCAGGCCCUUCGUGAUAUGGGACGUCAUUUAAAAAAAAUUAAGAGUAAAGAAAAUAGCGGCAAUGAGCCUCAAGACUUCAAAAAGCACUAUAAACGUGAACUUGAGUCUUGGUACGCCUUAAAGUGUGGAGGCACGCGUGUUUAUAACAGGAGACGUCCCCGUGGAAACCCUGGAAUUCUAAACCACGAACGCUCUCCACGAAACAGCCCUUCUCCUCCACGAAACCCUGAAAUUCUAAACCACGAACGCUCUCCACGAAACAGCCCUUCUCCUCCACGAAACCCUGAAAUUCUAAACCACGAACGCUCUCCACGAAACAGCCCUUCUCCUCCACGAAACAGCCCUUCUCUAGAAAACUCUGAAACUCAACCUGUUAUAAACAGCCCUUCUCUACGAAACAGCCCUUCUCUACAAAACUCUGAAAACUCUGAAACUCAACCUGUUAUAAACAGCCCUUCUCUACGAAACAGCCCUUCUCUACGAAACAGCCCUUCUCUACAAAACUCUGAAAACUCUGAAACUCAACCUGUUAUAAACAGCCCUUCUCUACGAAACAGCCCUUCUCCACGAAACAGCCCUCUACGAAACCGCCCUCCUCCACAAAACGACCCACAACGUUUAGCUUCAACAGUUACUCCUGCCAAUCUUGGAAAGAGGCUGACAAUUAUACCCGAAAGGUUAACAUAUGAUAAAAAUCAUGUUGAUGCGAACAAGAAGAAUAACAGAAGGGGUCGCAAGAGGAGGAAGACAUGAGAGUCGGUGACAGAGGCAACUACCAACGCGGGUUAUUACAUCUGAUGCAGCAGCUAGCAGCAGAGUAGCAGCAGCCAGCAGGAGCAUGUAAUAUGAAUGUUUUUAUUUGGAUGAAUAUUUUUAUUUGGUUGAAUUGUUUGGAUUACUAUGAAUGCUUUUAAGGGUUACUAUUGGGAUUACUAUGAAUGCUUAUUUGGAUGAAUGUAUCAUCUCGAACUUCA